AUGAUCAUUUCUGGCGCCUGCGCUGCAUUUGCCAGUAUCGCAAUGCUGACCCUGAUGGUCCGGCAUGCGCGACACUUCACUAAGCCCAAAGAGCAGGCCAACAUCCUGAGGAUAUGUGCCUUCAUUCCAAUAUACGCCAUCGGAACCUUAAUCGAGGUCUGCGCCCCGGCUGCCUACGUGUAUCUGCACCCCUGGCUAGAGGUAGCGCAAGCUUUCGCCAUGGCUGCAUUCUUUAUCUUGUUGUGCCGCCUCCUUGCUUCUGAGGUUGAUGAGCUCCAGGAUGUUUUCCUCGCUCCGUUGAGGAUUAUCCAGAAGAAUACUGGGCACAGCACCACCAAGUUAGUUGCGGCCUAUCGAAGGACAUGGAUAUUCGUUUUCCAGUACCCGAUAGUCUCUAUCAUGGUUGCAAUUUUCACCGCGAUUACAGAAAGCGCCGGCGUGUAUUGCCAUGGAGGUCGCAAACCCUACUUCGCCUCCCUCUGGCUUGAUAUCCUCUCCAUAGCUAGUAUGGGAUUAGCUGUGGUUGCUGUACUCAAGACCUAUGUCAAGUUGAAGGUCGAGUUGCGUCCACACAGGGCAAUGCCGAAGUUCUUGGCAUUCAAGUUGCUCAUUGGGCUGCAAUUUCUCCAGCAGAUCGUAUACACGAUUCUUCGUCGUGUCAGCCCAUCACCUUUAGAACCGAAUGCGACCUUGAGCUAUACCGAUCUUGAGAUCGGCAUCCCUCUCCUACUGACUAGUUGCGAACUUGUCAUAUUUUCUGUCUUUUUCCACUUCGCGUACAGUGUUACACCCUACCGCGUCAAUUCUCCUUCUCACGAGGUCCCAUCGUUUCGCGACGACAGGGAACAUGUUGGAGGUACUGCCUACCGCCAGGGAGGUGUCCUUGGAUGGCAGGCUUGGAUUGCCAUGUGUAAUCCAAAAGAGUUUGUGGCUGCUGUCAAGUUCGUAUUUAGCAUGCACAAUGCGCUAUUGAAGUCGGAUCUGCACGCUGAGCAAAGUAGACCUUUGAAUCUAAGGUUGUACGCGCAGACGACACAAUAUCCGCCAAAGCAGCACAACUCUAGCGACCUUUCUGACGCUUCAUACUAUGAACAUGUUCAGCCUCAAUACAGCAUGUCAUACAGAAACAGUUAA